CCUUAUCUAAUGUACGCAUGUCUGAAAUUUGUGACACAUGAUCAGAGGUCAAGGGCGUACAUCAAACCUGGAUUUAGACUGAGAAACUUGAUAACAAAACAAUUCAUUUUCCAGCAUGGACAGUGCUUUUUCUGCAUUGUGUUUGCUGUUAUUUGUAGGGACAGUGAUUUCUGGUGAAAUAAAAAUAAUUGAUAAUAUACCAUCACCAUACAGACUGAUAGCAGGAAGUCAGUUUUCAUUAACUUGUGAAUAUGAUGGAGGAAAUGUUCCAUCAAUGAUGUCAUUUGAAAGAGAUAACCAUCCGAUAGGCCCAGAGUUUGAUAAAAUGACCGAGACAGUUGGGAAUAAAGUGAUCAUGAAAAUAUCAUUGAACUCAUUAAACAGACCAGAUGGUGCACAGAUUGGUGAUGGGGGACAAUUUACUUGUAAAUAUGGAACAACAAACACUUUCACACAUACUGUUGAUAUAUUCGAAGUAACAGCAACAGAUGCAGUGGUACCUGUUAAAACAGAGAAGGACAAAAAAGAUAAAUCUGUGGAAUUAAAAUGUGAAACACAGUUUGCCAGUGUAACAACAUCACAUGAUAACAAAUACACCAUGGAAUGGUUCAAAGGUGGAAAACAAUUGUCUGAAUCAUUGGAGGGACUGUACACAAUAGACAAUAGUAGUCUGACAAUCAAGGCAGCUAAACGUACAGAUAUGGGAGAAUACCAGUGUGUGUUUGUAUUCACUGAUAACAAUGACAGAAUUAAUAAGACUGUUCUGUUGAAAGGAGCUCCUAUGAUUGACAAAACAUUUCCCCAGUCUAAGAAUCUUGUUCAAGGAGAUGAUUGGAAGAUCACAUGUAAGGUGACAGGAUUCCCUUACCCAGAAGUCCAUUGGUCUAAAGGAGAAAAGCCUCUUCCUGAUGACAAUAGAAUUCAUAUUGAAGAUGAUGGACCUUAUGUGGGUGCCAAGCUCCUCAUUUACAGCUUGACAUUUGAAGAUCAAGGAGACUAUGAAUGUUAUUCAAACACAACUGGUACCUUUAAUGGUACAUCUGCUAUCGUUAAAUUGAGGGUCAAAGAUCGUCUGGCUGCCUUGUGGCCAUUCCUUGGAAUUGUUGCUGAAGUCAUUAUUCUGUGCAUCAUUAUAUUUAUCUAUGAGAAGAAGAAGAGCAAAGAGAUGGAAGAUGAAGUAGACUCUCCUGCCACUGAUGAUGCUAAAGUUCAUAUAGACAGAGAUGAUGUCAGACAAAGAAACAACAGAGCCUAGAGAUCUACCUCCAUUCAUUCUUCAGUCAUUCCCAGAAUCUUUAAAUAGCCACUGAUACAUGGAUCUUGUAAACAUUCAUGACUACAAAAUUAUAAAUAUACUGAAUAUGCAUUACUGUUUUGGUGCAUGUAAACAUCAAGGAAAUAUACAUGUAUUUUUGCCUUUUUAAGCUUUUAUUAUAUUGUUAUGUUGAAGAUGAAGGAAAACCAGUUAUGAUCUCAUCAAUUUAUAUAUAGUGUGCUAUGAAAGGAGGGAUUCCCUGAAUUAUUAUGUAUAUGACAUUGCCAUUGUUAUAACACAAGACAGGGUGUGAUUUAAAUCAUACUUAUAUUGAUACACUAGAAAACACAUGUAUUCCUUUAGUGGUUUAAAUCUUAAGUUUUAUUUUAUUUUUUCUUGAUGAAGGGCUAAAGCCACAGAUGUAAAAAUACAUCCAUUUGAAUAUUUAUCAUGCUUUAUUAUCAUUUGUGUAAACAUAGCCAAAAUUCAUAGCUGUAUAAGACAAACACUUGUACUUUCUAAGUGUAUAAGUUUGGUUUUUUUGAAGAAAAAAAAUAAAUCUUUCUGACAAUAACACAAGUCAAGGACAUCAGCACUCCUACUUUAUAUACACAUGAACUUUGAUUGUGUUUACAUAAAUCAUUUUUAUAGACAUUCAAAUUGAAUUUGUUUGUUUAUACUUAAUCAUGUUUACUAUUUUUACAUAAAACAUCAUUGAAAUGUAAAUAUAUUGUUACACGCUUUUUAAAUUUUUGUUUAAUUACAACCUCUUUGAAGAAGAUGCUAUAUUCAGCUUUUGAAAAAAGAAACAUUUAUUGGUAAAAAUGUAUAACUUGGAGAGCGGUUAUCCACAUUUAAAAAAAAAGUUCUUUGAGGGUAUUCUUAAAAGAGGUGCACUGAUUAAUGUCCUUUUAUAUAUUAACAAAGUGACUCGGAUGUGAAGAGUGUAUUAUUGAAUGUGUAUAUUUUUUAUUAUUAUUUCAAGAUUGAAUGGUUGUUAGAGAGAAAAAAAUAUAACCAGAUAAAUGUAUGUAGCUAAAUGAAGAAGAGGAAAACGAAUAUUGUUAGAACUCUCUGAUAAUAUAUGUUAUAUUUUUUUGUGUUUAAGGCAUAAGUAAAUAAUAUAUAAUAACUUUUUAUGGCAGAUAGUGCUUGUUUUGAAAUCAACAAUGAAUUAGAAAAAUAAACAAAACAAUACUGAUACUGAUUUAUUGUGUUACAGAAACUGUCAUAAUCUAUUUUCGGAAAAUUUGAGUCAGACCUGGUUAUGUACAUUAUUUUUGUAAUGUUUUAUAACCAAGCUUGAGGUUCACAAUACUAUUUAACAGUGCAAGGUAUAUACCAUUUAACAAUGCAGAGAGAACAAUAAAUUGAUUGCGAAGUCUGUAUGACCCCUAUAGGUAUAUUUUAUAUUCAUAUUUUAUUAGCAUUUUUAAGAUUGUGUCUCUCUGCCUUUACAUCAUUCAGAUGCCAUUUGACAGUGUGUAAAUAUUUUAUUGCUUAUGAUUUUAAUAAAUGUGAGUUCAAUUAAGUCUUUGAGACAUUUGCAAUAUCUGAUUUGUGUGAGAGUGUAAGAAAGUAUUUCUUUAUUUUUAUGUUGUCUGUGUUUUAUAAAAAAAGAAAAGGUACUUCAACAUUGUAAUAAAGUAACACUUUCUAAAUGGUUUUUUUUUUAAGUUUUAAAAAAAGUACUUUAAAUAUUACAGGCUUGAAAUAAAUGCUGGGAUGUAAAUUUUCUCAUGGCUGGCAGAUAAAACAAAAAUGAAGAAUAAAUGAAUGACUAAAAUUCAUUAAUUAUUCAGGACAAAUUUUAUUGUUUAUUUAAAAGUAAAAUGAAUUGAAUGUUCAAUUUAAUCAUAGUUUAUUCAUCUGACUGAUUUAAAUUCUUUGAUUUUUUUAAGUCAUGAUGUUGUUACAAGUAAGUGCUAUUUCAAUGAUAAAUUUUAGUUUAUUCGUGCAAUGUUCUCACAUGUAUAGUGUAGUCAUUAUUAUAUAGGGCAGUUUAUGGGUGUAUAUUAGGUUGGUUUUAUAUAAAGAUAUGAGGGUGAAUGAGACAUGUUAUUUUGUACCUUGUAAAUAUAUAUUGGUUGAAAAAGUGUAUUAAUUACCUUUAUGUGAAUAUUUGAUAAAGAAAUAUUAAAUAUUGAUUUAACUAAACAUCUGAUGGAUUAAAAUUUUAGAUCUGUUGUUUUUUUUAAAUAUUUUUUGGAAAAUUUCUUACGAUAUAAAGUUUGUUUCUAAAUUUCAUUUAUUAUGCCUACGGUUAAAACCUACAAGAAAUUAAAUAGCACAGUAUAUUUUGUUUAUAUGUGUUGAACUGGACCUGUUCUUGUAUUAAUAUUGUAUUGCUAUAAUUAUUCAGAAUUUGCUUUAGAAUUAAUGAGUACAUGACUAUGAAUUAUUUAAGGGAUGUUAAUUGUGAUAAUAUCAAUAAACUGAAUGUACCCACAC